AUGGGUGGCCGGAUGCGCUGAGCCCGGCGCUGCGGGGCCGCGGAACGCGGGGGAGCAGCCGCCACCGUCGCGGGGAGGGGGGUGGGGUGGGACCCCGUGUGGCCUCCGGCGCUGGCGGGACGGGGCCGCCGUGGCGCGGUGUGUUCCGCUGUUUUGCGGCCAUCUGCAUAUUUUGUCUUUCUUUUUUUGAAUUUUGAACAUUUGACAAGACGAAGGGGUUCAAGGCAGGUGAGAGCAUCCCGCGCGUCGCGGCGGAGCCGGCCGGGCACUUGGCGCGCUCUCCAGAGACCGUCUGCACCGGGGACCUGAAAGUUUUUUUUUAUGCAGAUGUAUUUAUAAAGAUAUAAGUAAUUUUUUUCAUCUCGUCUCCAAGCGAGUACUUUUGGCAAAGGACGGAGGAAAAACCUCAGCAACAUUGGGGGGGGGGCGGUGUUUUUUUGCUUUUUUUUUUUAACUAAAAAAAAAUAUUUUCAACGCGAUGGAGAAAAUGUCCCGACCGCUUCCCCUGAAUCCCACCUUCAUCCCGCCUCCCUACGGUGUGCUCAGGUCCUUGCUGGAGAACCCACUGAAGCUCCCCCUUCAUCAUGAAGACGCAUUUAAUAAAGAUAAAGACAAGGGAAAGAAGCUGGAUGAUGAGAGCAACAGCCCGACGGUGCCCCAGUCGGCGUUCUUGGGACCCACCUUAUGGGACAAAACCCUCCCCUACGAUGGAGAUACUUUUCAGUUGGAAUACAUGGACCUGGAGGAGUUCUUGUCAGAAAAUGGCAUUCCCCCCAGCCCUCAGCAUGACCACAGCCCGCACCCUCCGGGGCUGCAGCCGGCUUCCUCAGCUGCCCCCUCCGUCAUGGACCUCAGCAGUCGGGCCUCCGCACCCCUUCACCCGGGCGUCCCGUCCCCGAACUGCAUGCAGAGCCCCAUCAGACCAGGUCAGCUGUUGCCAGCGAACCGCAACACGCCGAGCCCCAUCGACCCCGACACCAUCCAGGUCCCGGUGGGCUACGAGCCGGACCCGGCAGAUCUCGCCCUCUCCAGCAUCCCCGGGCAGGAGAUGUUCGACCCUCGCAAACGCAAGUUCUCUGAGGAAGAACUGAAGCCGCAGCCCAUGAUUAAGAAAGCUCGCAAAGUCUUCAUCCCCGAUGACCUGAAGCAGGAUGACAAGUACUGGGCGAGGCGCAGAAAGAACAACAUGGCAGCCAAGCGCUCCCGCGACGCUCGGCGGCUGAAGGAGAAUCAGAUCGCCAUCCGAGCUUCGUUCCUGGAGAAGGAGAACUCGGCCCUCCGCCAGGAGGUGGCUGACUUGCGCAAGGAGCUGGGCAAGUGCAAGAACAUUCUGGCCAAGUACGAGGCCAGGCACGGGCCCCUGUAAGAUGGCGCACGGAGCGGGGCUGGCUUCUGAUCAGAGGGACACUCCGUCUCCUGUCUGAUCAGCGCCACACCCGAGCCCGCCUGCCCGCCGUCAGCACUUUACCAGAGGCAGCGAUCCACACGACUGACUCACGUCGUGGUGUGCGUGUGCGCGCGCGCAUGUGCUUGUGCUCAUGUGUGUGGUCACCCGUGUGCGCGCACGCGUGCGUUCCUUUGCACUUGCCAUUUCCAGAUAACCCUCUCAUCCUCUCUUAGCUCCAAAAAAAAAAAAGGUGCCAUGUUUUUACUGGACUGUGGAGACCUCUCCUGGGGUUUCCUGCCCUCCCCCCGACCCCCACUUGCCCUUCCCACGUGGCUUCAUGUUCGCUCCUCCCUGCUCUUCCGGGGCCCUGCGUGUGGAUCCGCCGCAAAGGGCCCUGGGAAAACGGUAGCUCUCAGUUUUCAAGACGACAAGCCCUUGUUUCUGUUCAGCCCGUAAGCCGCCGAGCUAGCGCAGUGCACAAAACAAGCGGGCGCCGCCCCGCAGCGCGAGUCAGUCCUAGGUUGCUUUCCUCACGUCUUCGGUUUGGGUGGUAAUCGUCUUCAAGUUAAAAGUGCUGUUUAGAUUUGUUAGGUCCCGUAUUUACUUACCGCUAUCUACUAAGUUUCCUUUUAAUUCUACUGACUCCAGUUAAGUCAGAGUACUAUUAUAGAACACAGAGUGUGUUUCUGCACUGUCCGUACCUGAAGCAAUAAUCCUAUUGUACGCUAGAGCAUGCUGCCUGAGUAUUACUAGUGGACGUAGGAUAUCCUUCCUCCCUAAGAAUUCCACCCUCUCUUAAAAAACAGAAAUCACAGUAAUGCAUUUGAGCAUGCCCAGAACAUUCCCGGGACAGGGAAGCUGAGAGAAUGCCAGGUGUAAGAAGGAGGGGUCGAUUUAUCAGCACAGGAGCCAAAAACAAAACAAAACAAAAGAAAAAAACGCGUCUUGGAACAGGUCUGACAUGGAGAUGUUUGGUUCUGUUCUCUCCCUUCUCCCGCACCCACCCCCACUUUUAUAGCUAACGUUUUCCAUAGCCCUCUUGAUAUUCAAAACAGUUACUUAAGAUUCAGUUUUCCCCCAUUUUUUGUAAUAUAUAUAUUUUUGUGACUUAUUAUACCUUGCUGUUUUUAAAAAUCAGUUAAGUUAAUGAGUUGGUGUUUUGUACGACCCCUUUUCCCAGUGGUGUUAUUUUUGACUGCUUCAUAAAUUAAUGACUCUGGAGCUUUUGUUUCUUCCCUCUGUUUGCUUUUGAACGUAUGUGCUUUUAUAAAGUGGACUUUCUGAAACAUGAAUGUAAAAGACACUGGUGUAUCUCAGAAGGGGAUGGUGUUGUCGCCAACUGUGGUUAUUAACCCAAUCAGUUCCAAUGUUUACUAUAGACCCAAAGGAGAGGUUAUUAAAUUGUUUAAUGUUUAUACAGAGUAAUUAUAGGAAGUUCUUUUUUUGUACAGUAUUUUUCAGAUAUAAAUACUGACGAUGUAUUUUGGAAGACAUAUAUUAUAUAUAGCAAAGAGAAAAGGAUAACUAUUCCAUGUUUUGAAGCUAUAUAGCAAAGAUAUAUAUUCAUCGAUGUUGUGCAGAGAAGAAGGGCCUGGAGGGUUUGAAGUCUUCGCCGUUUUAAGCCUGUUGCUGACACAUCAGCGUGUUGUCUGCUUUCAAGUUUGGUGGCCGUGCGAGGCUUGCUGGGACGAAUCCUGCUCUCAAGUACAUGAGAUUUCUUGUUUCUCAUUAGGUCUCAGAAAGAAGUCAGUUACUGUCACUGAAAAGCACAAAAUAGAUGUUAGUCAAAUAUUUAUUGGAUGAUGCAGUGUUUCUCAGGAGAAGCAUCUGCCACAAAAAUGUUCACUACAAAAUUACGGCUUCACCGCAACCACCCCAGGCAGGUCUGUCCCUCCCCCUCCCGCCCCCCGC